AUGAGGAACAGGGAGAUCCUAUUGCUUGGCCCAUAGAACAGAGCUUCAGCGUGGCCUUUCUGUGAUGGCUCCUGCAUCUCUCCGCCGGUACAGCCCCUGACCGUCUUCCUGCCUGGAGACCACUCCGGCCAUCUUCUUCAAGGCACCGUGGCAUCUUACCACCGUUUUCCCCAGGAAAGUGAAGAUGAAGUGUGUGCUAGUGGCCAGUGAAGGGGCUGAGGUCCUGUUCUACUGGACAGACAAGGAGUUUGAGGACCGCCUACACCAGAGGUUCGGACUCUCGGAGCACGGGGAAGAAGAGCUUCCUGCUCUUGAGGACGGUCUCACUACCCUCCUCGCCCCCUUGGUCAUCUCCUGCAUGACCAUGCUGGAGAAGAUCUCAGACACAUAUACCUGCUUCUCAGCCGAGAAUGGGAAUCACCUGUAUGUCCUGCACCUGUUCGGUGAGUGCUUGUAUAUUGCGAUGAACGGUGACGGCACGGAGGGCGAAGACCAACUGCGGCGGAAGUUAUACGUGCUAAAGCAGCUGACGGAGAUGCACUUUGGACUGGUCACCCUGGAUGGUCACCUCAUCAAAAAGGAGCUGCGCCCCUCGGACUCGGAACAGCGUGGUCAGGUGUGGGGGCUCUUCCAGAGCCUGCUCUCCACGUACAGCCGCCUGCAAGAGGAGGAACAGAGCUUUGCCGUGGAGGCGGUGGAGAGGCUGAUCCAUCCCCAGCUUUGUGAGCAGUGCAUCGAGACACUGGAGCAUAAGGUCGUCCAGCACAUCAACAGCAGCCCCGAGCACGGUGGGGAAGAGGUCCUGCACGCCUUCCUCCUGGUUCACACCAAGCUGCUGGCCUUCUACUCUGGCCACUACGCGAGCAACUUGCGCCCGGCAGAUCUCCUGACCCUCAUCCUGCUGGCUCAGGACCUUUACCCCCCGGACCGCUCGGAGGAGGAGAACGACGUUCAGCCGGCGAGGCCCGGGCCCUUGGAGCAGAGACCCAGUAGCAGCCAGAGCAUCCCUGUGCUGCCGCAGACCGACAGGAGAAACUCCUGGAGAGACUCCGAGGAGACGGAGACUGACAAUACUUCGAUGUCAGAGGAAUAUUACACUCCCAAGCCUUCUCCUAGCGGAAGGAGCUCAGGCCAAGCAGGUUCGGGGGGAGCUGCCCACAGAGGAGAACCGGCACCCCAAAGAGUAGUGGCAACAGGGACAGAAACAGAUCCUUCAUCCUGGAGCAGGAGUCAGGAUCCGGAAUCCUGCAAAAGUGUGGAGUGGGCGCUUCCUCUGCCUCUCUCUUCCUCUUGCUGCAGCCUACUGCCCUGUUUCCGGUUUACGCCUCCCAAACUCAGACUUCCCAUUACCUGUCUACACUGCCUGGGGAGAGCUCGCGGAACUUACUCGAAAGCAAAGAAGACUCCUGCAUCUCUUCUGAUUUCUUCCUCCCUUCUGACCUCCAGACUGCCUCCUCUGUGGAGUACCAUCUGGUUGGAGGGUGGGACGCCACCAGUCUUUGGGGACGUAAGUACUGCCAGUGUCCAGAUAGCUGAAGACACUUUGCAGACUCUGAUACCUCCCUUGCCCGCGGCCUCCAAUCCCAGAAGAGUUUUCCUUAAUGCCAGUAUACGGGAGAACUACUGUCCAGUGAUGCCCCACACCAUGUAUUGUCUGCCCCUCUGGCCCGGAAUGUCAAUGGUGCUUCUGACCAAGAGUCCUAAUUGGCAUUUGGCCCUCUCCUUCUACCAACUCCUGGAUGGGUUUUACGUGCUGGAGAAGAGGCUAAAGGAAGGGCAGGAGGGCGGGAGCAGCUUGAGGUCCCACCCUCUCCUGGGAGAUUUGCGCCAGAGGAUGGAUAAGUUUCUCAAGAACCGAGGUGGGCCGGAGAUUCAGAGCACGUGGCUGGAGUUUAAGAACAAGGUUUUCUCCAGAAGCGAGCCUGGAUCCUCUUGGGAGCUCCUCCAGGCCUGUGGGAAGUUGAAGCGGCAGCUCUGCUCCAUGUACCGUCUCUACUUCCUGACCACGGCUCCGGGCCCGGGAGGGCCCUGUCUCCCCCAGAGCCUUCAGGGCCAAGUUCAGAAGCUCAUGAAAGAAAAGCUGCUGGACUGGAAGGACUUUCUGUUGGUGAAGAGCAAGAGAAACGUGACCAUGGUGUCCUACCUGGAAGACUUCCCAGGCUUGGUUCACUUCAUCUACGUGGAUCGCCUCGGUGGGCAGAUGGUGGCUCCUUCACUCAACGUCAACGAGAAGACCUCGUCAGAGCUAGGGAAGGGGCCCCUGGCGGCCUUCGUCAAGGGCAAGGUCUGGGCUCUAGUCAGGCUGGCGCGGCGAUACCUCCAGAAAGGCUACACCACGCUGACAUUUCGAGACGGAGACUACUACUGCUCGUACUUCCUGUGGUUUGAAAAUGAGAUGGGCUACAAGCUACCAACCAUGGAGGUGCCAGUCCUGUCAGAUGACUCAGCUCCCGUUGGCAUGCUGGGGGGAGACUACUACAGGAAACUGCUCCGCUAUUACAGCAAGAGCUAUCCAGCGGAGGUGGUCAAGUGCUAUGAGCUGAUGGCCAUCCAUCUGGCCAUCAUCCCCACGGACCUGGUGGUCCAACAGGCGGGCGAGCUGGCCCGACGGCUGUGGGAGUCGUCCCGGAUCCCUCUGUUCUAAGCUGAGAGAGUGUCGAUCUGUCCGUUCCCCUGCCUUAGCCGCUUCCCCCGUUGCCAACAGCCCCUCCUCCUCUGAAGGACUAUGGCUCUGUCGGGGACCGGCCCGCCUGGGUGCUCAGACAGAGGGCCACCCUGCCCCAGAUUGGGGCUACAGGACCAGACUCGUGAAUCUCGAACUGGCUGGCGGAGGGUGGCACCCGGAUUUGGUGGGCGACUGCAGUGAGCGGGAGCUGCCUGCUCCAGGAAUCUGAGCCAGGAAAGAGCGGGACUGUGAGAGCCAAGGUCCACACGGUCCAGAGGAGCCAACUUGGAGGCCGAGGCUGCCCUGAGAAGGGGCUUCUUCGCUCCGCAGCAGAAAUCACAAGCAGGAGGAGCUGGAGGUGAUCCGUUACAAACUGUAGUUGCUGUAACGAUCCCCUGCCAUGCCUGCUCUUCCUCAUCUUCCUCUCGGAAUUUGCACCCCUGAUUUUGGGGGCGCAAGGGGCCUCUUCUGAGGGGAUCCCAGGGAUCUAUUCCUUCCUUUUCUCCUAUUCAGGACCCGAUCUCCUUCUAGACUUCCAGUUGGCCUCAGUGUCCUCAAGUGGAAGACUCCAUCCUUGGUUUGAAGAGGAGAAAUCUUAUUCUGCACUAAAUCUUGAGCAUCCACCGCACGACUGCCUUGCCCGCAACAGCGGUUUCCACGUGUUGAUCACCAGCGAGUGCAAAUAGUGAGCUGGCUGGAGCCCUGGCAGCUGCUGCAGGGGCUGAGAAGACACAGCUGCACACACAAACGUUUUCCUCUUCCAGGCAAAGUGGCUAACUCUUAGUCCCGGCUCCCAGGGCUGGUGAAGUCCCUCCUCUGGCCCACUUCAGAGGACAUCACGUGGCUUGGGAUCAGAUGACAAACCGAAGGUCAGAAAAGCCACACCUCCAGGACUUCUGCAGUUCUGAGACAUAGUGACUGAACUUUACACCAGAGAGGAUGAAUGGAAAUAAAAGUUUCAGAAGCCACAGAAGAGCUCAGCCUGCCUUGUAGUUCCUGGGGCUUCCAUAAUGACAGGGGCAGAAAAACAUAGGAACCGGAAUACCACUGCGGGAAGU